AUAUAUAUAUAUAUAUUAACCCAUUGAGCAAGUAGAAUAAUGAAGCAUAACAUAUAGUAUAGUUCUUAAUUGUAUAACCAUUUUGGAGAAAUGGCUGUGCCAAACACAGGUAGCAGGAGCAGCAGGUGGUCUUUACAGGGGAUGACAGCUCUGGUCACAGGUGGAUCCAAAGGAAUCGGAUAUGAAAUUGUGGAGGAGUUAGCACAGCUUGGAGCCACUAUUCACACUUGCUCUAGGAAUGAAACUCAACUCAAUGAAUCCUUACAUCAAUGGGCCUCAAAGGGAUACAGAGUCACUGGUUCAGUCUGUGAUGUGACUUCUCGUGCACAGAGAGAGGACCUCAUAGCUAGAGUCUCAUCUGAGUUCAAUGGCAAACUCAAUAUCCUUGUGAACAACGUGGGGAAAAACAUACCGAAAGCGACGACCCUGGAUUAUACAGAGGAAGAAUUUUCAUUUAUGAUCAACACAAACCUUGAAUCUGCUUUCCACAUAACACAGCUUGGACACCCUCUUCUAAAAGCUUCAGGGGCUGCAAGCAUCGUUUUCAUAUCCUCAAUUUCUGGGCUGGUAUCCUUUAAUGGAUCAAUAUAUGGUGCAGCAAAAGGAGCAAUCAACCAACUGACAAAAAAUCUGGCAUGUGAGUGGGCAAAAUACAAUAUCAGAACUAAUUGUGUUGCACCAGGGCCAAUCAGAACCCCUCUAGCUGAAUUGCACUUGAAAGAUGAAAAGCUUCUUAAUGGUUUUAUUUCACGAAUCCCUCUUGGACGGAUUGGAGAUGCAGAAGAGGUGUCUUCCAUGGUGGCAUUCCUCUGCUUAGCUGCUGCUUCUUACAUAACAGGACAGACCAUCUAUGUUGAUGGUGGUAUAACCGUCAAUGGUCUCUUAAUCUGAUACCAUUUGAGAUGUACUGGUUUCUGUAUUAAUGUUAAGAAUAAAUAGAUCGCGUACUCAAUUCUACUUAUCAUUUUGGAUGAGUGGCCAAAAUUUGUGAGUAUUAGCUACAGAUUUAUGUCACAAAUUUUCGUUGCAAAUAUGUUUUUCAUUAGCACUACUUGAUAUAAAUGAGGUGGAAUGUAAUAUUUAAGUUUAGAGUUAAGUAUCAUAUUAG